AUGGAUCGGAAGGAACGUCGUCGUCGCCGCAAGGCCUCAGUACCUGCCAACAUAUUGGCCCAUUCAAAGGCCAAAUCGGCUCGUCCAUUCCAAUGUACCUUCUGCACUGACUCGUUUACUGCUAAGUAUGACUGGCAGCGGCACGAGAAGUCUAUUCAUCUGAUCCUGGACAAAUGGACAUGUUCCCCUCAUGGGGGUUCGAUUGAACACAACGGUAUACCUCUUUGUGUCUUCUGCUCGGCAGUUAACCCCGACGAAGAACAUUUAGAAACACAUAACUUCAGCGGCUGCCAGGAGAAGACAGUGCAAGAGCGAACAUUUUACCGGAAGGAUCAUCUCAAUCAGCACCUCCGCUUGAUGCACAAUGUCAAGUUCCAACCCUGCAUGGACAAAUGGCAAAGCAGUAUAACAGAUAUCAAGUCUCGCUGUGGGUUCUGUGCCUCCAUCUUCCAGACCUGGAAAGAGCGAGUCGACCACUUGGCCGGCCAUUUCAAGAACGGGGCCAGCAUGGCUCAAUGGCAAGGGGAUUGGGGAUUCGAUCCUCAGAUCCAGGCUCGGGUGGAAAAUGCCAUUCCUCCGUACCUGAUUGACUAUGAAUGGCGAUCUCCUGAUCCUUGGGCCACCGAACAAGCGAUGGUGGAUGACGGCACAGCGCUUAACCUUCCUGUCCCUACUGAUGUCAAUUGUUACCAUCGGCUCUCUCGCGAACUCACCACAUACAUACACAACCAACUGGCCCAAGGCCACGUGCCAUCAGAUCAGAUGAUACAAGCAGAAGCCCGACGCGUCAUCUAUGGAUGUGACGAUCCUUGGAACCAGACUUGCGCGGAUAACGUUGUUUGGCUAAGUAUUCUCAAGCGUGAUUGUGGACUGCAAAAUGCCGUGAAUAACAACAACAUACAAUUCGCUGAUCUGGGAAUGCAACCUCCUUUUGCUGUUAACGGUGGCCUACGCACUACACCCCGGGAGAUGAAUUCGCUAGCACGAGCUGUCUGCCAAGGCGCCCCAAUUCCCAGCCCCGCGGCCUCCAGCCCUAGUCUUCGCGGCCACGUGUUUGCUGGAACCGGGUUUUCGUCUGCUGGGCCCAGUCGCCCGGGGAGCUUGUCUGGCAGCUACGCUGGUAGUGCAGGGAUGAUUUCAGCUAGCACCGGUCCAUCCUUCUCUACGGAUCGGGCCAGUACUCGCCCGACAAGUGCAUCUAUACCGGGAGAAGCGGCAGCUGACCCUCUGGUGCAAAUGGGCUUUGACCCUGAAUUCUUACGACGACUCAAUGAUAGUUACGAUCAGAUCAACCCUGAUGAGUUGGAUUACCUGCACCUAAAUGGGGCGGAUGGUCAGAAACUUGCCGAGACGCAAGGAUGGCCAAACACAGGCUUAUUUGAUCAGGCCAUCCCACAGCGUCUCGUGAGUGCGGUACCUGCUUCAGAUCCAAAUGCUAUUCUCAAUUCCAAAGAGGGCGACCCGCCCACAUCAGAUGCUACCUAUCGUGAGAUGCCUGGGUAUCUUGACAAUGCUGGCCAACUCUAA